AUGCCAUCGCGUCCGCCGUCACCGCCCUCCUCUCCCGCCGUCACUCAUCGCCGCGAGAUCAUUCUUUGCGGCGCAAUCAGCGGCGCGAUCUUCCUAGCGGCGAUAAUCGUCUCCGUCACGGUCUUCAUCUACCGCAAACUCUCCUACAACCGAACGGCGCCGUUUGAGCACAACCAGCGCCGUUUCUCGUACUCCGUUCUGCGCCGAGCGACGAACUCGUUCUCGCCGUCGACGAAGCUCGGGCACGGCGGGUUUGGUUCGGUUCAUAAAGCGACUCUGCCUUCUGGCCAGACCGUGGCGUUGAAAGUGAUGGACUCGCCCGGGUCAAUCCAGGGGGAGAGAGAGUUCCAUAACGAGUUGACGCUGUGUUCGAAUCUGAAGUCGCCGUUUGUUAUUUCGUUGCUGGGUUUUUCUUCGGACCGGUGCGGUCGGAAGCUGGUCCUGGUCUACGAGCUGAUGCCGAACCGCAGUUUGCAGGACGCGCUGCUGGACCGUCGGUGUCCGGAGCUGAUGUGCUGGGGGAAGAGGUUCGACGUCGCCGUUUCGGUGGCGAUGGGGUUGGAGUAUUUGCACCACGUGUGUGAGCCUCCGGUGAUUCAUGGGGAUAUAAAGCCGAGUAAUGUGUUGCUGGAUGAUGAUUUUAGGGCGAAGAUUGGGGAUUUUGGGCUUGCUAGGGUUAAGGCGGUGGAGGAUCUGGGAAUGGUGGAGGAGAAGAAGAAGGAAGGGGUUGUAGAGAUUGGGAUUGAGGAGUUUGGGGUGGCGGAGGAGGGAGAGAGUGUGAGUGUGGUGGAUGUUGACCGGUCGCCGGAGAGUUGUCCGGUGAGGGUUGCGGAUUACUCUGACGCGUCGCCGGUGGGGGGUGAUAAGUUGAGUGUGGUGUCGGAUGGGUGUUUCGAGAGUGUUGAUAGUGAGAAUGUAAAUUUGAAUAAGAAGAAGGGUGGUGGUGGUGGUGGUGGUGGUUCAGGGAGGGAUUGGUGGUGGAGGCAGGAGAGUGGGGGAGGGGGGGAAUCGGGGAGGGUGAAGGAUUAUGUGAUGGAGUGGAUCGGGAGUGAGAUAAAGAAAGAGAGGCCCAAGAGUGAAUGGGUUGAUUCGUGUUCAUCUUCUUCUCCUAAGGUGGAGAAUGAGAAUGUGAAUGGGAAUGAAAAGAAUAAGAGUAAGAAGAAGGAGAGGAAGAGGUUGGAUUGGUGGGCUUCUCUUGAUGAGGAGAGGGUGAAGAGUAAGGUGAAGAAGAAUCGGAAGCCGAGGGAGUGGUGGAAGGAGGAGUUUUGUGAGGAGUUAUCUAAAAAGAGUAGGAAGAAGAAGAGGGGUUUGGAGUGGUGGCAGAGGGAGGAGGAAGGGGUGGAGCAGAAGAAGAAGAGGAAGAGCAAAGGGAGUAGAGGGAGUAUUGAUUGGUGGUUGGAUGGGUUGAGUGGGGAGAUAAGGAACAAUGGGAGGAGGAAUAGCCAGGAUUGGGGGGUUAGUGGGGAUGUGCCAAAGAGUGGUGGGAUCAGUAGCACCCCUAGUAUGAGGGGGACUGUGUGUUACAUUGCUCCUGAGUAUGGUGGAGGGGGACAAUUGUCUGAGAAGUGUGAUGUGUACAGUUUUGGGGUUUUACUUUUGGUUCUGGUGGCGGGGAGGCGGCCGCUGCAGGUGACAGCAUCGCCCAUUUCGGAGUUUGAGAGGGCCAAUUUGAUUUCCUGGGCCAGGCAGCUUGCUCACAAUGGGAGGCUUUUAGAUCUUGUUGACACUUCUAUUCAUUCAUUGGAUAAGGAGCAAGCGCUGCUCUGCAUCACCAUUGCCUUGUUGUGUUUGCAGAGGUGCCCCGGGAAGAGGCCUUCAAUGAAGGAGGUUGUGGGAAUGCUCAAUGGGGAAGCUGAGCCACCACACUUGCCGUUCGAGUUCUCACCAUCACCGCCGUCAAAUUUUCUGUUCAAGGGGCGGAAGAAGGCUCGGUGA